AAUUUACCCUCAAAUGGGAACCUCUUGUGGCCAGGAUGGGUAAUUCGAUGGAAGUGCCACAAGGUUCUUUGUAGGAUCGACUCCAAGAGGUGUUCUUAGGACUGACACACAUUGUGUCCAUGGGAAAAUGUCCAAGUCAGGAGGAAGAGUGUGCACCCGAGGAUAUUCGAACCAGUAUCCAGCUGACGCCAUAGGGCACGCCGUGCUUCUGGGUCGUGAUAGUUGGAUGCGCUUCAACCCUCGCGUGUUCACCUCCCUCCCCCACCCUGGACCCGACGGCCGGGUUAUGGGCGAGCUCACGCUCUCUCUGCGUUUUACAGCUGGCGCUUGCGUUUACGCUACACACGACGACGCUCCUACCUCCUUGUUUCACCUUACACAUGCAGGGAGCUCGGGAAUUUCCUUGGGGCCGGAGUCUGCAUUCGUUGAGGUGGACCUCGUUCGUUCUUCUGGCAUGCCUGCGCUGAUGGGAGAGUAUCUGGUAUCGUUCAAACCGGAAGUGGGUUGUGCCGAGCUGGAGCCGGGAGACAUUAUUGGAGUGUCUGCCGCGCCGCUUCUACGAGUACCGGUGGACACCCUGGAGGCGGCACCAUCUUCGAUUCCUACCGGCCCCACAACAUCUACAUCACCACCUCGGGUCAACGUCGUUGGCCCCAAGUCCGGGACUCACCGCCCUCCGGACCCAGCCUCCGCCCCGCCUCCUCCGAAGCUGCCUCAACAAGAACUGCUCGACCGCUUCUCUGAGGCACAGCGCUCCAGUUUCAUGCGCUUGUGGGACAGGCUGCCCGCACAUAUGCACGACAUCGCUUUCGAUCUACACCAUCCGGGAUGGACACCGGAGGCUAUUGAUCGUUUGGCCGACGCCCUUGUGGAGUAUUCUGACGUGUUCUCUACUUCGAAAACCGAUUUUGGUUCCUGCACCAUCAUGCCGUUCACUCUUUCUGUCCCAGCAGGGACGAAACCCGUUGCAUCACGCCCGCAUCGUAUCAACCCGUUGAUGCAAAAGAAAGUGGAUGCCGUUUUGGACCAGGAUUUGGCGGCAGGGCUCAUUCAACAUUCCACAUCUCCGUGGACUUCCCCUUUAGUUGUCAUCCCCAAGAAGGACGGAUCGGUUCGCAUCACCGUCAACCACAAACGUCUCAACGCUCUGGUGGAUUUGGAUGGACAACCUCUCCCUCGAGUGGACGGUAUCAUGGAUUCUCUGUACACCGGAAAAGUGUUCUCCAUCUUCGACCUCAACUCGGCUUUCCACCAGAUCGGAGUCAACGCAAGUCCGUCUUGGUUCGUCAAGGUCACCAACAGAGUGGUGCACGGUCUGGAGCGUGUGCUUGCUUAUCUGGACGACGUCAUCUGUUUCGAUGAAGAACCUCUGGGGCACGUGCUCAACAUGAUCAAACGGCUGCGGCAGUACAACCUCAAACUGUCUCCAGGGAAGGCCCGCGUCGGCGCCACGCACGCCAACUUUCUCGGUCACACCAUCUCUCCGGCCGGUGUUAGCCCUAAUGGCGUCAAGGUUAGGGCGCUCACGCACAUGCCGCCGCCGACGAAUGUUAAGCAGCUUCGUAGCCUUCUCGGUGGACUCAGCUACUGCCGGAAAUUCCUCAAGAAUCUCGCCACUAAGGUGCGGCCCCUCAACUCUCUUCUCAAACAAGGCGUCCCCUUCAAGUACACCCCGGGCAUGGUCAAGGUUGUCAAAGCGUUGUUAAGCGAACUUGCUCGUCCCCCGAUUUCGGUGUUCCCGGAUUGGGCAGCGGUCGAAGACGACAGCCGUCGUCUCCUUUUGUGUUCCGACGCGUGUAUCGACGGCUUUGGCGCCUCCUUGGAACAAGAACAACUCGAUGGCUCGGUGAGACCCAUUGUGUACAUCAGCCGCGCAGCUCUUGCUGCGGAACGUGACUGGACCGUUCUGGAUCUGGAGGCUGGUGGCAUUGUUUGGGCCAUCAAACGCCUUCGUGGUUAUCUGUGGUCGACCAAGUUCAUCAUCUAUUCGGAACACAAAGCAUUGGAGAGCAUUGGCAAGGUUGGGGAACACAACGCUAGAGUACAACGAUGGCUGGAAUUCCUGUACAACUUCACCUACACCCUGAAAUAUCGGAAAGGUUCGGCAAACGGCAACACGGAUUUUCUUUCGCGGUUGCCUUUUCCAGCACAAGACACUGACAAAACCGGCCCCGACUGCAUUGAUGGUGCCGAUCAAGCGGGUGUUUUCCUCAUUCGGGCUUGCGGGCGCAACUAUCACUCGUCGUUUACGCCGGAGGUCGGUUUGGGUGGGUUCCGCCCUCCUUGCCCGGCGGGAGUCUUUUCGCCCCCAGCGUUGCAGCCCUCCGAUUUUGAGGAUUUUUGCCGACAUCACCCGCGUCGGUUGGAUGCUCUGACGGACUCAACGAUUGCCUGCGAGGAUACUCAGCGGUCCCCGGGGGUCUUCAUCGUCUCGCCUGUUCCCGCAUCUUCAGGGCCUACUUCCCCAUUGACUUCUGCUGCGUCCCGCGUGAGGGGCCUGGUGCGGUCGUCGGCGUCGACUUCUUCGGACCUUGCCAUUGACUGCCAACGGCAACUCCUACAUUUUGUUGUUCACAGACCGUUUCAGUCGGAGAGCCGACAUGUUCGCAAUUACAGCGGUGGAAUGUACGGCGGAAGGGACGGCUCACAUCUUCGUCAACCAAUACAUGACCAAGUGGGGAUGUCUGACUACGUUAUUGUCGGACAACGGACUGCAUUUCUGCUCGAAGCUCUCCAGGCGAUCUACGAGGUGAAGAAGAUCAAGAAGGUCACCACCAGCUUCUACCACCCACAGACCAAUGGCGGCACAGAACGCGUCAACCACACGAUGGCCCAGAUGCUUGCGGUGUUUGUCAAGGAACAGCAAAACGAUUGGUACGUACAUCUCCCGCACGUUGAGUUUGCCUACAACAAUUCCGUGGACCAGUCUACUGGAUUGGCGCCAAACGAGGUCCACAUCGGACGCAUCCAGCGACUUCCUCUUUCGGUAUUCGAUCAUCCCACGUUGGUGGUCAUCAAAGCUUAGUCCGCGAUCAACUCGAGUAUUGCAACCUGGCUGUCGAUCGCCAGCGCCGGGCCUACAAACUUGUCCGUGAGUACAACGCCCUGAAGAUUUCGCGAGUCGAACGCUGAAAUUCAUCCCUGCUGGACGCCAUUCACAAGCUCCCUCAGUUUACCGUUGGCGGGUGGGCUUGGGUAUACAACACGGCUACGACGAUUCGACAGGGUGUGCAGAAGGACACGGACCAACAGGUGCUCAAGGCCAAAUUCUCUCUCUCUUGGACGGGGCCCUACAAAGUUCUUGCCGUGGGUCCCGCCUCUGCCGACGCCACUCCGGACGGCCGCCCGUUACCGCGUGAACUCCUCUACCUGGACCUGCCUUCCGAUCUUUCCGGCCCGGCAGCUCGUUGUCGCGUGUCU